AUAUUUCUGGAGUGAUGACAAGCAUUUCUUCCUAUCUUUUGUGCUUCGGCGUGUAAUAUAUUUUUGAGGUUCAAGUUGUUAAAAUAGUGUAAAUGACGGCAUAGUACUAAAAUUUUAAAUACGAGUCUAUACGGGCUUCAUCAUGACGCUCAUAAAUAAGAUGGAGAUAGACGAAAAAGUUGCGAAGGGCGAAGGUUUUAAACCAUAUUAUAUCACAAAAAUUGAAGAGCUUCAACUAGUCGUAGCCGAGAAAAGUCAAAACCUUCGGCGAUUGCAGGCGCAGCGAAAUGAACUUAAUGCAAAAGUGCGAAUGUUGCGAGAGGAAUUGCAGCUUCUCCAAGAACAAGGUUCUUACGUUGGAGAAGUGGUUAAGCCAAUGGAUAAAAAGAAAGUGCUCGUUAAGGUUCAUCCUGAAGGGAAAUUUGUAGUAGACUUGGAUAAGAAUAUCGACAUUAACGAUGUCACUCCGAAUUCUCGAGUAGCCCUCAGAAAUGAGAGUUAUACUUUGCACAAAAUUUUGCCAAAUAAGGUCGAUCCUCUUGUGUCGCUGAUGAUGGUAGAAAAAGUACCGGACUCGACGUACGAAAUGGUUGGUGGUUUAGACAAGCAAAUCAAGGAAAUUAAGGAAGUCAUCGAGUUGCCGGUUAAGCAUCCGGAGCUUUUUGAUGCGCUUGGUAUUGCGCAACCAAAAGGAGUCCUCCUCUACGGACCACCAGGUACAGGAAAGACUUUAUUAGCAAGAGCCGUUGCUCACCACACAGAGUGCACCUUCAUUCGAGUAUCUGGAUCUGAAUUAGUUCAAAAGUUUAUUGGAGAAGGAUCGCGAAUGGUGCGAGAAUUAUUCGUAAUGGCCAGAGAACACGCUCCCUCUAUUAUUUUCAUGGAUGAAAUUGAUUCCAUUGGAAGUUCACGUAUUGAAUCUGGCUCUGGAGGUGACAGCGAGGUCCAACGUACUAUGUUAGAACUUUUAAAUCAAUUGGACGGUUUUGAAGCUACUAAGAAUAUAAAAGUUAUUAUGGCUACAAAUCGUAUCGAUAUUCUGGAUCCAGCCUUGUUGCGUCCAGGUCGCAUCGAUCGUAAAAUCGAAUUUCCCCCUCCAAAUGAGGAAGCUAGAUUGGACAUUUUGAAAAUUCACUCGAGAAAGAUGAAUUUAACGCGUGGCAUCAAUUUGAGAAAAAUAGCUGAAUUAAUGCCUGGUGCAUCUGGAGCCGAAGUCAAAGGUGUGUGUACGGAAGCCGGCAUGUAUGCUCUUCGUGAACGUCGUGUUCAUGUGACUCAGGAGGAUUUUGAGAUGGCUGUGGCCAAAGUUAUGCAGAAAGACUCUGAAAAGAAUAUGUCGAUCAAGAAGCUAUGGAAGUAAAUUUUCUAGCACUAUGGUCCAAGUUUCUCCAACUGUUUUUCUAAUAUAUUGUAUAAUAACGUGAAAAAUAAAUAUCUUGAUAACGAAAACAAA